AUGUAUUCCAGCAUUAAUGCUUAUCUUUUAGCAGUCCAUAGGGCCCAUCUACGGCUCACUAAUCUUUGGAAGAUAACUUCGUUACGUCGCGAUCAUCCUGCACCUCCAGGUCCACCUUUGGGUAGUUCGACGUUUGGUCGACAAAAGGUUCUUACACUUCGAGCUAGAGCUAAGGAGCGUUCUCACGCUAUGCGCAGCGUAUGGGCAACUAGUAGCGCUGCAGUCUUCUUCCUAGGCGAGACGGAAGCAUACCUUCAAGGCGAAGUUGUGCAAGGAACUUGGUUAGGCUUCACAGCUUGGCUUACAGGAGAAACGCGUGCAUCAAGAUCCCAUGAUGAAGAUGAAGAUAUCUGGUUGCAGGCUGCCAAUCAAUCAACAUCUAGGAACGCUAGCCACAAUCAUGAUCCUCAAACACUUGCAGAUGCACAUAGGAGAUAUCUCACCGCUCUCGCAUCCAAUCUCCUUCUGACCACUUCAACAUUUACGGAUCCACUCUAUUAUCUACUCCAACAAAUUGAUCAUCUAGUCGCUCUUGUCCACCGUAUCCACUCUGUCUGGCAAUCUCUCGAUCUCGAGGCUGAUGAAGGAGUGGUAGAUGCAUUCUCUGACUUUCACAAAGAGGAACAAGACAUCAAAGAACAACUUGGAACAAUUUCAACGCGUGUAAAGGACGCAAUUGAAGAAUUAGUCAAAACUCUACGGGAUAUAGAUCAAGAUAAAAAUGGCUGGGACAGUGGUUAUGAGGAGUUGGUCUUGGGAGAGGAAGGUGCAUACGUUCCAGCUAAGGUUGGCAGAGUAGACAGACUGCUGAUGAAGCUUGAUUUCGGAGGUUGGUUCGAUAAAAGAGGUAAUGGGGAAACAGGAGAUGUUUUUGAUGAUUUUGGUGAUGAUGAAUAA